UUUCUCAUCGCCGUAUAAAUACGUAAAUACAUCCAGUCUAGAUCUAUUAAUAUCCGCUCGUCCUCCCAACGAAGGAAACCUCUUCGUACAAUCCAAUUUCAACCUCUGCAAUUAUCCACCAGAUGAGUCACCAGGCUGAGUCUUCCGACUCGAAAGGCGGGAAGAAGGACUUCUCGACGGCUAUUUUGGAGAGGAAGAAGGCUGCGAAUCGGCUGAUCGUCGAUGAGUCUGUCAACGAUGACAACUCCGUCGUCUCGCUCCACCCCGCUACCAUGGAGAAGCUCCAGCUUUUCCGCGGAGACACUAUUCUGAUUAAGGGCAAGAAAAGGAAGGAUACAGUGUGCAUUGCCCUUGCUGAUGAGACCUGCGAGGAGCCGAAGAUUAGAAUGAACAAGGUUGUGAGGACGAACUUGAGGGUUCGUCUUGGAGAUGUAGUAUCUGUGCACCAGUGCCCAGAUGUCAAAUACGGAAAGCGUGUCCAUGUCCUGCCCCUGGAUGACACAAUAGAAGGUCUCACUGGGGAUCUGUUUGACGCAUACCUGAAACCUUACUUUCUGGAGGCAUAUCGCCCUUUGAGGAAAGGCGACCAUUUUCUAGUGAGAGGAGGGAUGAGAAGUGUGGAAUUUAAAGUCAUUGAAACUGAUCCUGGGGAAUAUUGUGUUGUUGCUCCCGAUACUGAGAUCUUCUGUGAAGGGGAGCCUGUGAGGAGGGAGGAUGAGGAUAGGUUAGAUGAGGUUGGCUAUGAUGAUGUGGGUGGCGUCAGGAAACAAAUGGCUCAGAUUCGUGAAUUGGUGGAGUUGCCCCUGAGGCAUCCUCAGCUUUUCAAAUCCAUUGGCGUGAAACCUCCGAAAGGAAUUUUGCUUUAUGGACCUCCAGGCUCUGGAAAGACCUUAAUUGCUAGAGCUGUUGCAAAUGAAACAGGUGCUUUCUUCUUCUUGAUUAAUGGGCCCGAAAUUAUGUCCAAAUUGGCUGGAGAGAGUGAAAGCAAUCUUAGGAAGGCAUUUGAGGAGGCUGAGAAGAAUGCACCAUCAAUUAUUUUUAUUGAUGAAAUUGAUUCAAUAGCACCGAAGCGAGAGAAGACGCAUGGUGAAGUUGAAAGGAGGAUUGUUUCUCAACUCUUGACUCUCAUGGAUGGACUGAAAUCUCGUGCACAUGUCAUUGUUAUGGGGGCAACUAAUCGUCCCAACAGCAUUGAUCCAGCUCUUAGAAGGUUUGGUAGGUUUGACAGGGAAAUAGACAUUGGUGUUCCUGAUGAAGUUGGACGCCUUGAAGUUCUUCGUAUACACACUAAGAACAUGAAACUUUCUGAUGAUGUUGAUUUAGAAAGAGUUGCAAAAGACACCCAUGGUUAUGUUGGUGCUGACCUUGCAGCUCUCUGCACCGAAGCUGCACUCCAGUGCAUUAGAGAGAAAAUGGAUGUCAUUGAUUUAGAAGAUGAUUCAAUAGAUGCUGAGAUACUAAACUCUAUGGCUGUUACAAAUGAGCACUUCCAGACUGCUCUUGGAAUAAGCAAUCCUUCUGCUUUGCGCGAAACUGUUGUUGAAGUGCCCAAUGUCUCCUGGGAAGAUAUUGGAGGGCUUGAAAAUGUCAAGAGGGAGCUUCAAGAGACCGUUCAAUAUCCGGUGGAACAUCCAGAGAAGUUCGAGAAAUUUGGUAUGUCACCUUCAAAAGGUGUUCUUUUCUAUGGUCCUCCUGGAUGUGGUAAAACCCUACUGGCGAAGGCAAUUGCAAAUGAAUGUCAAGCAAAUUUCAUUAGUGUUAAAGGCCCUGAAUUGCUGACCAUGUGGUUUGGAGAGAGUGAAGCUAAUGUUCGUGAAAUCUUUGACAAGGCUAGACAAUCUGCACCAUGUGUUCUCUUCUUUGAUGAGCUUGACUCUAUUGCUACUCAGGUUUGUCUUCUGCAUGUUAUGUUUCGCAUGCGCGCGCACCAAUCCAUGAACCCUUACAUUGAGAAAAUGUCUUUGACAACUCACAACAAAUUCUCCUUACUUCAGGAUAUAGAAAGGGAGAGGAGGAGAAAUGAUAAUCCUGAUUCAAUGGAUGAGGACGUUGAUGAUGAAGUGGCGGAGAUCAAGCCAGCCCAUUUUGAGGAGUCCAUGAAGUAUGCACGUAGAAGUGUGAGUGAUGCUGAUAUACGCAAAUACCAGGCUUUUGCUCAGACCUUACAGCAAUCUCGGGGAUUUGGAACUGAAUUCCGGUUUGCGGAAUCAGGAGCUGGGGUUUCUGCAGCUGAUCCCUUUGCAGCUUCUGCUGGUGGAGCUGAUGAAGAUGAUUUAUAUAGUUAGAUUUCCAGCAUUACUUUCUCAUAAUCUCUCCUUCAUACAUUUGUAGUAAACAGGAACGGGUGAUCGUUUGCUUGCUUGCUUAUGUUCCUUGAAGUUAUCGUACUUCUGAGAUUCUGGAAUUUGUAUGAUUACUCGAUUAACUUAUUACUUCUUCCUGGCCGUACAAUAUGGUGUUCUAGUGCUUUUUAUUUUUGGGUA